GCACAAAGCAAAUAUAUGAGAUCCCCUCUAAUCCCUGAAAUGGCGACACAGGAGGUACAGCUGAAUGAGACCCUGGCCCAUCUCAAAACGGAAUCGGAGACGCUGAAGACGAAGCUGGAGGAGGAAAGAGCGAAGCUGCACGAUGUCGAACUACAUCAGGUGGCAGAGAAAGUGGAUGGUCUCGGCCAGUUUGUCAUGAAAACCCGAAGAACUCUGAAGGGACACGGAAACAAAGUUCUGUGUAUGGAUUGGUGUAAGGACAAGAGGAGGAUCGUCAGCUCCUCUCAGGAUGGAAAAGUGAUUGUGUGGGAUGCUUUCACUACCAACAAGGAGCACGCUGUGACAAUGCCUUGCACCUGGGUAAUGGCCUGCGCCUACGCCCCCUCUGGCUGCGCCGUAGCUUGUGGGGGCCUGGACAACAAAUGCUCCGUGUAUCCUCUGUCCCUGGACAAGAAUGAGAAUUUGGCUGCGAAGAAGAAAUCAGUGGCCAUGCACACAAACUACUUGUCUGCUUGUAGCUUCACUAACUCGGAUAUGCAGAUCCUGACAUCCAGCGGGGAUGGAACAUGUGCAUUAUGGGAUGUUGAGAGUGGGCAGCUGUUGCAGAGUUUCCAUGGUCACGCGGCAGACGUGCUCUGUCUGGAUCUGGCUCCCUCCGAGACUGGAAACACGUUUGUUUCAGGGGGCUGUGACAAAAAAGCCAAUGUGUGGGACAUGCGGUCGGGACAGUGUAUUCAGUCCUUUGAAACUCAUGAAUCAGACAUAAAUAGUGUUCGAUACUAUCCCAGUGGAGACGCAUUUGCAUCUGGCUCAGAUGACGCUACAUGCCGUCUGUAUGACUUGAGGGCAGACAGAGAAGUGGCUAUUUAUUCCAAAGAGAGCAUCAUAUUUGGCGUCUCCAGUGUUGAUUUCUCUCUCAGUGGCCGGCUACUGUUUGGCGGCUACAACGACUACACCAUAAACGUUUGGGACGUUCUCAAAGGAACGCGGGUGUCUAUUCUGUUUGGACACGAGAACCGCGUCAGCACGCUGCGUGUUUCCCCAGAUGGGACGGCCUUCUGCUCAGGCUCAUGGGACCACACUCUCCGGAUCUGGGCUUAA